AUGAUAGAGAAGUCCAACAACCCGUUCCUGAGCAUUGACCCGAUUGUUGACCGAGGGAAGGCGGAGGGAGAGGAGCUACCGCUGCUCAAUUCGAAGGAAAAACGCCAUGUAGACUUUACGCAGAUAGUGGUGUACCUGGUUGGGCUGUCUGAUGGCCUGACCCACUUGGCAUCACUGGCGAUAUAUUAUUUGUUUAAGGAUCAUUUUCGUUUGACACCCUACCAGGUGUCCCUCAUAUUAAUGUAUCCUUACAUCCCAUUCAUCUUAAAGCCAGUCAUAGCGCUGAUCACAGACUCGGUGUCUAUUUUCGGAAUGAGAAGGAAGCCUUACCUCUUCCUUUUCAGCCUAUUCCAAUCGCUAAACUUCCUAGCUUUAGCAUUUUUACAGCUAUCCGUUUUCCAAGCCACCCUGAUCCUAUUUUUCAUUUCUCUGUGUGCCUCAUUCUGCACGACCGUGGCGGAAGCGUUGGUUGUGGAGAGUUCCAUUGGAAAGACCUAUUCGCAGGGAACAAACAAAGUGACAGAGUUUAUAGCGUCCAAAGCGAUCGGAAGCCUUUCAGUAGCGUAUUUCUCAGGGUACCUUCUGGAGAAAAUCUCAAGGGAAUACAUUUUCAUCGGAACGUCUAUGUUCCCUCUGAUCAUUUCAAUAUCUUGUCUCCUCCUGAAGGAAAAGGAAUACACCUCUCAGAAGAGUAUAAUCACUCAGCUACAGGAUUUGAUCAAAUUUAUCAAUACGCCCAUUUUCUUGGGACCAUUUCUCUACAUUUUUGUGUACAUGUCUGGACCGGAUUAUGACGAUGCCUUCUUCUUCUUCUGCACGAAUAAGUUGGGAUUCAGACCGUCCUUUAUGGGCACGUUAAGACUCACCUAUGGAAUAGCUUCACUCAUCGGGAUAAUCAUUUACCGCUUGUUUUUAAAAAACCAAGGCUUGAAGAAGACACUCAUUCUCACCACAUUGAUAUCGUUCCCCCUCUACAUUUCGCCAAUCAUAUUGACUGAAAAAAUCAACACCUAUUUUGGGAUCUCCAAUGAAUUGUUUGUCCUCAGUGGAGGCUUCUUAAUCGAAGCAAUUACCGAAAUACAACUGUUGCCACUUUUCAUUCUGACUGCAAAUAUAUGCCAGCCAGGGCUUGAAGCCAGUGUCUUCGCUACCAUUUUGAGCGUUAAGAAUUUGGGCUCCCUGACGAAGAAGGGCACCUCUUCAUUCUUAACAUACCUCCUACGAAUUGACAGCUACAACUUUGACAACCUCAGUUUGUAUAUUUUUAUUUGCGGCUUCUUCCUCCUCUUCUCCCUCACCCUCGUGCCUCUGCUACCCGAGGAGGAGAAGAUCGAUAAGCUCAAGAAUAACCAGACACCCCAGUUGAAGUCGUAA